GUCUCUGCUACACGGCGCUACCUGUCAGCAGACAAACCAUGGCCUCCGCAAGCAGUGUGGUGAUUCUGAUCAUGCUGGUGACCUGCUCACUGGUGACUCUGGCAUUAUCAGCUCAGUUCUACACCAGCGGUCGCUACGGAAAGCGAGACCUGGCCCAGAGGAGCAUGUUUUGGAGCGGAAGUCGCUACGGGAGGAGCAGUGGGGGCGGCGGCGGGAGGCGGCAGGGAGGCAACAAUCCCGUGGAAGUGGCCGUGAGGAACGACAGGUUCUUUAUCGGUAGCCGGUACGGGAAACGAAGCGAAGAGCCUUUAACAACAACCGACGAAACAGUCGGGGUGCUGGUACCAACAGAGGAUACCAAUAGCCAGGUGGCCUGCAUGUAUACUGGCGUGGCCAACUUGUACCGCUGUUACAAAAGGAAAGGCAACUCUAGUGAGGACGCCAGUAGCGAGCACGAGUGAGGCGAGCCCUUUUAUGAAUCUCCCAGUCAACGUGUGUACAUAGUGCACAUUGUUUACCCUAGAUUUUGGUCGGGAAUCUAGGUCGAAUAAUGGCAUUUCAACUUUCUGUUCAUCCGAUGUGUUUUUAUUUCCGUUACUGUAUGUAUUUGUAUUAAUAAUAAACAUUAAACGAG